UUUGGGUGUUUGGUUAUUUUCUUCAUAAUGUCGCUUUUACAUAUGUUUGUUUCUUUAUAAGUUUAACAUUAUAAAAGUGUUCACCACAACUCCAUAAGAGUCCCCUUAUUUCACGUUAAAAUCCUGAAAAUUUGGGGUACACGUACACAAUGUUGCUGCCACUCAUUUCACACACCCCUUUAAACUCAAACCUCAAAGUUUGGCACAAACACAUGAUAUAAACACAAUAGUAGUAUUAUCAAAUUGAGAUUCAAAUUUAGGAAGCGAAAAAAAAUGACGAUUUUGUUGUUCCAAACGCUCUUAUAUCCACCACCUUCUUCCUUUUUUGUCACAGUUAUGUCAGUAUUAAGUUGUUUGUCACUAGCAAAUGGUGGAUACAUGGAAACAAAAGGCAAACAUAUGCAGUAUUCCAAGUUCUUCAAUGUCGCAGCUUUAAAGAAAGACAAGGUUCAGGAGACUAUGGUGGGUAGUAGAAACGGGAUGCUUUUGCUCUAUACGCCAGCGUUCCUUGUGGGUCUUGCCUCUUUUGCGAUUUUUGGCAAUCAAGAUCUUCGAUUCAUAAUGCUUAUCUUGGUUCUCACCAUCCAUUUCUUGAAGAGAGUACUUGAGGUCCUAUUUGUUCACAAAUAUAGUGGUUCCAUGGCACUUGAAACCGCGAUUACUAUAUGUUCAAGCUACACCAUCUCUACUUGGACAAUGAUUUAUGCUCAAUACCUAUCCGAAGAACAUAACGAGCCUACAAUAGACCUAAAAUACGUUGGAAUUGUGUUGUUCAUAAUUGGAAUAGUUGGAAACUUUUAUCAUCAUCACAUUCUUUCUAAUCUAAGAACAAAGGGCAAUAGAGAGUAUAAAAUCCCGAAAGGAGGAUUAUUUGAUUUAGUUAUAUGCCCACACUAUCUGUUUGAGAUCAUAGAGUUCAUUGGAGUCUCUUGCAUUGCUCAAACAACGUAUGCUCUCGCUUUCACUCUCGGUACGAUGUUUUACUUGACAGGAAGGAGUUAUGCUACACGCGAAUGGUACCUUUUGAAGUUUGGGGAGAAAUUUGGGAGUGAUGUCAAAGUUUUAAUUCCGUAUGUCUUUUAAAAGUUGUUGUGGUUAGAAUGUUCGCAUAUUGUUUAGUUAUGGGCAAAUUUAUGUUAUAAACAUGGAAAAAAGAAUACUAUAAUACCCAUUUAGGUGCACUUUUGCAAAUAUUUAAAAUUUAUUGGAAUUUCGGAUUUUGAGUUA